GAGAAAUGACAAGAGAAUUGAAUGAAUGAGAUGAUGAAGGUGAAACUUGGUUCCAGGUGUGAAAGACUCGUCGUCAUGUGUCCUGUGCUGCUCCACUUCCUGCUGCUCGCUGCACUGAACUCAGACUCCGCAGCCGAUCCACAAGGAAACAAUGCUGGUCUGAAAUUCAUCGUGGCUUUCCCGGAGAACAUCGCCCACUAUUAUCCAAUUCCUCCACAAAACAAGAUCCAGAUCACAGCUCUGCACAGUAACACACAGGUCACCUUCAAAAUGUUCACAUACGGCACCAGUACAGAGACGCUGAGCGCCGGUCAGUCCAAGGAGUUCCUCCCUGACGUAAAACUGGAGCUCAAGAAGGAGGAAAUCUCCAGCGAAACUCUCACUAUCACCAGCACCGAGAAGAUCAUCGUGCACGCCACCAGCCUGAAGCACAACAGUGUGCAGACGGCUCUGGUCAUACCGACCGACCAGCUGGGCAAAGAGUACCUCGUCCCGCCCGUCCCCCGAAUCCCAGGGACCAAUGACAACGUCACGCUGGAUGUAACCGAGAGGAGGCCGUUCAGGCUGGUUAUCAUCAGUGGCGACCAACCAACCAAGGUCACAGUCGAAGGAGCCGAGACCAGAGAAGUGUCGCUCCGGCCCCAGCAGGUCGCUCAGAUCCUGCUACAGGAAGCAGCUGAGCUUCGAGCUGUGAGAGCCGACCAGCCGGUCGCCGUGCUCCUCACUCACUCCUGCGCCAUCAGACUCAACUGUACCUGCGGCCUGCUGCUGACCAGGCUGUCGCCCGCCACACAAGAGCAGCUCAGGUUCUUCAUUCCUCCGUUUCUGGCCAAGAACGCAUCCGGAGAAACGUUCCUGCUUCUAUCAAAGGAAGACUCCACCACCAUAGAGGCCUUUGACCCGAACUCGCCGCUGGUGGAGACCACCGGCUCAGUCGUCCUCUACCGCCCGGGCUUUCUGCUCACUCUCAUCCCGGAGAAGGACUUCGCCUCCUGCUUUGUCGUCAGUCGUAUCCAGGGCAUGCAGAGCUUUGCCGUGAUCAUGGUCCACAAGGACUUCACUGACGGGGUUCGAAUUAGAAAGGAUCCUCUGGGGAGUCCAGACUGGCAGGAGCUGAGAGGAACCGAGUUCGUCUCGACAGCAGUUGAACUGGAUCUGGAAACGAACGUCAUCUGGCACACAUCCUCCAAAAUGGCUGUGUACUUUGUGGGAAAACAUGGAACUGCUUUGUAUGGGAACCCAGCGCCCAUCGUCAGUAGAACCCCAGACUUUAGAGGUUGCGUCUUGGCUCCAGAGGUGGUGAAGAUCGGCGAGGUGGUCGACGGCUGGCGGGAAUCUGUCAAGUACUGCAGAGACAACGACCUGCAGCUCGUCAGCUUCUCCAGGACCGUAAAUGUGAUGCAAAUCCACAAAGAACUCGUCCAGGUCAAAAACGACAGCAUGCGGGAGGCUUGGAUCGGCAUGCGUCGGAGCUCCCAGACUGGGGAGUGGUACUGGCUGAACAACGAUCCCGUCACCGACACCAACUGGGAGGAGGGCGAGCCCGGCACGGAGGACGACGGCCAGUGUGCCAUCAUGAGUCUGGAGAGCGGCAAGGACUUUGGCUGGCGUGACGAGGACUGUUGUAAGGCCGCUCUGCCCGUCUGCUACAGAAGACCCGUCCUCUUCCCCCUGUAGCCGGACAAUCCAACAGGACGAACCCAACCGGUACAGCCAAACAUGGAUAGUGAUCCCAGGGAUCUGAACCAGAUGUCCCCCUAUCCAUAGCCAUACUGUAGUUGCUGUGGCCUGAUAUUAUUAUUAUUAUUAUUAUUAGAAUAACUGUAACACCUCACAUGACUUCAUGUACUUUUACCAACUCGACACGAGUUAUGAAUCAUGAAUGGUUCAGUCGGAGGACGUAAUCUUUCAGUCCACGUGUAGACAGAAGCAGUUUGAGCAGAUUAAUCUGUGAUGGUCCUGAAUCUGCUGUUUGUUGUUUCCAUCCAUAUUUUUCCAGACCUCCAGUUGGACACCAGCUCCCCCUGCUGGCCGUCACCAGUGUGGUCACUUCAGUUUGAUCUGUAACAAUGUGUGAAACUGGUCGUCUCCCUUCAGCCAAGUAACAUUA